CACCCAUCGCGUUUUUGUUCUACAGCUUCAUCAACCGUGAGAACCACCCGGCGAUUUGCGCAUUAACUCCGCACCUACCAACCCGCAAAUUUCGUCUGUGCAAUUGAACAGCACAUAGGUCCUAUUUUUUGGAGCCGCCGUCUUUCUUCAUUGUUAACGAAGGCGCCUCUCGUCCUACAUCCGCCACCCAGCCCAAUCCAGCUGGAGUGGAAGCUCCUAGCGAAAACAACAACAGUACCGCGAGGCCAGCAGCCAUGACUCCUCAUCUUACACCGCGAGUCCGUCGCACGUCGCAAAACACACAAUACACCUAUAACCUAUCGAGGCGGAUUCACGAUGUCAAGACCUACCCCGUCCAGUCUCCCCAAGGGGCCGCAAUCCUUCUGUACGCCCAUGAUAACGGUGUCACGAUAGUCUGGAGGGGCGGACGAAGGUUCAAACCCACAAAAACAAAGUCUUCUGUUCCGACGAAUGAGAAACAAAACGGCGCCCCGGACGAUUCCGUCAUGAUCAUCGACUCCGAUGACGACGAACCCCCGGCCAAGUCGACCAAGGCAGGCAAGGCCUUUGCGCCAUUUACAGACAAACCCGAGUUCGAAAAUUCCGAGGAGGACGGACCGUAUCCUGAAAUCAUUCAGACCCUUGAUCUUUCUCUCGGCACAACCGCUCUUCAUCUGGCCGUGCUACCUAUGACGCCUUGCCCAGCCGAAGACGCCGCGUGGGGAGGGGCCGAUGUGCUCAAGGAGAAGAUGGUCUUCACCGUGGCCUGCGCCACCAAUGAGGUCUACGUUGUGACGCUUCCAUUGACUCCUCCGAGCCCGGAAAGCAAGGCGCGCCCCGAGCUGAGAUCGAAUCUACUGGCCGGCAAGGCUGGGUCUGGCCAGUGGGGCGAGCGCGUUGUUCUCCUUGGCGGCCAAUACAAGCACAGUGAAGGGGUCGCUAUGUCAUUGAUCAAGCCCAAGACAUCGUCCAGCUCCGAUCGUACACGAGAACAAACCUAUGCCUCAAGCAUACAGAGGCCUCGCCUCGUUGUGGCCGCACAUACUCGCGAGGCAUCCGGAACACUUCGUCUGUGGGAUGUCCCUCUGGAUGUCCAACCAGGCGAAGCUAGUGGCCGAAUCAACCCCUUUCAGUCCGAAUUCCUUCCCAGCCCCCUGUCCAGCAUUUCUUUCAACCCGACACACCUUACCCAGCUCCUCACAGUAGCCUCGCCGCAUGCCGUGCGCAUCUACGACUACGCCCUACCUUCGUUGCCUCCCGACGACCAGGCCAUUGGGCCGUUCCCCAGCCAGGGUUCCUGGCUUCUGUCUAUGUUCCAGCCCUUCACUCGCCCUACUUCGAUGCGGAAGCCGAUUCUUGACGCAGCUUGGAUCGCACAUGGUAGAGCCGUGCUCGCCUUACUGGCGGACGGCACAUGGGGUAUUUGGGACGUGGAUGGUGCCAGCCCACUCGGCGCUUCAAUCCUGGGAAAGAACAGCUCUGGCAUCAAGGGUGCGGCGCUUACAGCCUUCAGUGCCAGUGGCCAUGUCGAAGGCACAGGGCCUUUGCGCACGACGGCUGGCGUACCGAGGUCAAACGGCAAUGGCGAAUUUGUUCCCCUAACGCCGCAUAGCCGUCGUGAUGCUGCGGCAUCGUUGAGCGCGGCCGGCUCACUGGAACGUCUCGUGUCUGUCAGGGGUGGGAUCGUGGUGACGCCCUUGCCCGGUAGUGGCUCGGGCUCCGCCGACGAGAGUGUUGUGCUAUGGAUUGGUGGACUGGAUAAUGUCUCGGUCAUUCCAGCAGUCUCUCGGUUCUGGGACGCACAACUGCGUCGGGGCUCGGGGGGUGGCGUGAAUCUCUUCAGCGGCACUACGCCGACCAGAAUGAUCCGCCUGCACGACCUGUCCACUGGCCUCCUCGGAGAGCGAUGUUGUGGCGUCGGCGCUGCGGUCAAUUAUCCGAAGCUGAAGGAGACCGAAGGAGGAUUGCAGAUCGAGGUUCUCAUCAUGGGGGAGAGCCGCCUGGUUAUUGUCCAUGAGUCGGAGGACACGCCUGGCACCAAGAUCGGAUCUGUUGUCUCGACACGACGACGCCUCUUCGGCGACAGGGGGAAGGCAGAACCGCCCAGCGCCAUCAUCGUCCACCCUCGACCCGACCAGCCCCGGAACGUCUCGUUCAACCUCAGCGUCAACAAGACGAGAAGUUUGCGUGCGAAAUCCAACGGCCGCGACAGCUUCGACGCAGAGGAUCCCACCCACGACUUCACGCUUCCCGUCGGUCGGCCCAAGUCGGGCUUCGGGUUCGCCGACACGCUCAGCGCAGCGGCAGACUUGCAGGACGAUGUCACGAUGCGCGAUGUCGAAGAGGAGAUGCUGGAUAUCUUGGAGAUUGAUCAGGCUUUGGAGAAUAUGGAAGACGACCGGGGUAGCGGACGAAAGAAGGUCUUCUUCGAGGAGGACCAAGACCGGUCGUUCCAUUAAUGUUUGCUGACGAGACUUGACCUAGAUGAGACCAAAAUGUACGAUACCCAUGGGCCGUCCCGGCAACCGACCCAGCCCUUCCUGCGCUCAUGGCACGCAUGGACGCACGUCAUGUUGCUAACGUGCCCCUCCCUAUGUGUGCUACUCUUCUCUUUACACCACAUACGCAUGUCUUAUGAUCCGCCUAGCCGUUGAGGCCAAGGCAAUCCGCACGUCCAGGUGGAGCGCAAGGAGAGAUUCAUCCUUGAUCCAGCUCUGUAUUACGAGCGGUACAUCAAAUAACCGCAUUCCUCUGGGACUUUUCCUCCUGUCCCGCAAGGCACAAGAUCGCAAGAUGAAGUGUUGUCGGCGGGGGAUCGACUCCAUGACGCGGGCUUCAGCCGACGGUUCCUGAUUUCAGGACAGGGACUUUUUACGGGUGGGGGCAUAUGGGUGGUUCGGCUUGCGCGAAUUGACCAUUUGCUCUCCCGGCCUAUUCUUGUCAUCCUGCUAUCUGCCCCGAAUCCUUGACUCUGGUUGUCUCUAGCAGC